GUCCAAUCAGAUCCUGUUUAUGGCCGUGUUGAGUGUGUUUAGCACAGCGUUAGCACCACGAAGCAGCUGUUUGAGCCGGUUUGUGUAAAAAUGUCGAGCCGAGCGCUGCGGAGACUGAAAGGGAAACAGCGGGGACAGGAGGACCUAAACAUCCGGGACCUGAAACUGACCGGUGGAGAAAGGAAAGGAGUAGAAUUGGAGGAGGAAGAAGAGGAGAGGGAGGAGGAGGAGGAAGAAGAAGAAGAGGAGGUGGUGGUUUUACAGCCGGCUAAGAGCAGCAGGGAGAAAGCGAAGAAGAAGAAGAGCAAAAAUCAGAAAAAUAUCAGCAACAUUUAUGAACUGAUUGGCGAAGCUGCUGAUACCGAUGGCAACAAAACUCAGAGCGAUGACGAGAGCAUCCCAGCACCAGGAAAGCAGGAAAAGUCUGAUUCUAAUGAAAAGACAAACAAUAAGAAAAAGAAGAAGAAAAAGAAGAGAAAAAAGGCGUCUGCUGCAGACGCACCGGAGGAGCCACUUAAAGAUGAUGAUGAUAUAGAUGCAUUACUGGAGACCAUAGAGAAGGAGAACAGUUUGUGUGUUCAGAGUGAGGAUGGUGGAGUUUCAGGACACAGACCUUUGCUUUAUGUGGAACACAGGAAUCUUAACCCUGAGAAUGAACUAAAGAGAUAUUUUGGAGCUCGUGCUGUGCUUGGAGACCAAAGACCCAGGCAAAGACAGAGACAGUUUCAUCGCAGCACGUGGAUGACCGCCCCGAAAGACACGUGGGCUCGCUUUAGUCGACCAGGCAUCUCCAUGAGUCUGCUGGAGUCAAAAUAUGGCCUCCACUUCUUUGCGUUCGAGCACAGUCGCGAUUACCAGCAAGUCCAGUUCAAGUUCUUCGACGCUGUGGAAUCUAUGGAGCCGAAUAACAUCGUGGCCCUGCUGCAGCUUAACCCCUACCACAUCGACUCUCUGCUGCAACUCUCCGACGUGUGUCGCAUUCAGGAGGACCAGGAGACGGCCCGAGACCUGAUCGAGAGGGCUCUGUACAGCUUCGAGUGUGCAUUCCACCCCAUGUUUAGCCUCACCUCAGGGAGCAGCAGGUUGGACUACCGGAGAGCAGAGAACAGGGCUUUUUAUCUGGCGGUAUACAAGCACAUGAUGUUCCUGGAGAAAAGAGGAUGUCCACGUACAGCUCUUGAGUAUUGCAAACUCAUCCUGAGUCUGGACCCAGACGGCGAUCCUCUGUGCAUGCUGUUGCUGAUUGAUUUUCUGUGUCUGCGCUGUCGAGAAUACACCUUUCUCAUCCGACUGUAUGAUGAGUGGGAGGUACAUCGGAACCUGUCCCAGCUGCCUAACUUUGCCUUCUCGGUAGCUCUGGCUUGCUACCACGUGAGUCAGCAAGAGGAGACGACACCUGAGGAGAGCCAACGCAUGAAGCUCAGAUCUGACACACUGCUGCAGGAUGCGCUCAUCUUCUUCCCUGGAGUGCUGAUGCCUUUGCUGGACCAGUGCUCAGUCCAGCCCGAUGCUGCCGUUUCCUGUCAUGCCUUCUUUGGUCCUAAAAGUCGUUUGGGGCAGCCCCCUGCUCUGUCGGAGCUCCUGGGUCUGUACCUGGGUCGCUGUCACAGCCUGUGGAAGGAGGCCGGAGUGAUGCUGUGGAUGGAGGGAAAUGUCCGGGAGGUGUUGAGGAGGGUCGAUAAUAAGGACCCAGUGGUGGAGGACUGCCAGAACAAGAGGAAGCAGAGAUACCAGAUCGCUCCCAGGAACGUUCACAGACACGUACUUCUGUCUGAAAUUAAGGAGGCCACAUCUGCACUGCCUCUGGAAGUGACCACACAACCAGUGAUGAGUUACGAUCCACUUCCUCCUCUAGAUGAUAUCGUUUCUUACACCAGGCCAGAGAGGCAGAAUCCGAGAGCCUCAAAUGAGAGCACUUUGUCGCUGUUCUUCCGCUCUUUGUUGCCCAACUUCAACCUGCAGGGUGGACAGAGACCUGAGGAUGACCUCGAAGUACCACAUGCAGGUCGAGAACUGAACCAGGAAGUGAACCGGUUGAUGGUGGCCAUGAGGGACAUGCUGGCUAAUAUCCAAUUCCAGGAUCCACCCAGGGACGAUAACGUAGACCGAGACGAGGAGGAAUGGGACUGAGACGGGGGAUGAUGAGGAGAAAAUUUAUAACAAAAGACAAUGUGACAAGUUUAGGUGGAAAACAAGAAAUCUGUACAGUCAGUAUAUUUCUAUCCUGUUUCUUCUUCCAAGAUUAAAUCUAAAGUUUUCGACUGACUGAAUUACACUGAAGCCUCCAGAUUGUAAGUUUAUAUUUGAGAUUGACAGACGCUUUUAUCCAAAGUGACGUUUAACUGAAACAUAAUGGUGUUAAGCAUAAUUCUAUGCAACCAAGGGUUAAAGGUUUUCCUCAAGGACCCAACACUGGUUUCUAGAUUUGAACAAUCUAUCAAACACUAGCUUGGAUAUCAGAUACUUUACUCAAAUCAUUAUUUUUGCACGACUCCAUCUGACCUCAUGAUCCAGGUCAUGGUAAUAAUUGGUCCAUAAAAUAUCCUACUUGUUAUUAGGACUGUUGUAUUAACAAAUAGUAACAAAUUCUCUCAAUUAAUUAACGCUUUUAUUCAUUAAAAUACUUUUGCCUGGG